UCAAAUCUACCAACCAAAGCCCAGCUAGCUGCAGCUCCAUUCAGGAAGAAGCGGUUCCGAUUAGCCUAGCUGGCUUCCAGGCUGCUGGAAAUCUUUAUCGUGCACAAAAGAUGGCGUCGGUCAACCCGUUUAAUCUCAGCGACUCGGAGGAUGAGGCUGAGCGGCGCCCGAAUGAGACGGUCAACACAGCGAGGAGCCCGAGCGACGGAGCUCCGGGGCCGCCGCCGACGCCUGGCAACCCUUUCUCCCCGCCCGCGGACGCCGAACCCCCGACGCUGCUGCUGUCUAGCAACCGAACGAGCCCCAGCGGCGAGGGCAUCUCGCUGUCGGCCGCGGCGAGCUCCGCGAUGGCGGGCAGCGCCGAGACGCGGGUGUCGGUGGAUGUCAUCGCCGCUCAGCUGUUGCGGGACCAGUACAUCCUCACGGCCCUGGAGCUUCACACCGAGCUCCUGGAGGGGGGCAGGGAGCUCCCGAGGCUGAGGGAUUAUUUCUCCAACCCCGGCAACUUCGAGCGACAGAGCGGCACACCGCCCGCCAAGGACCAGUGCCUCGGACCCGGGGGACCACUGAAUCGAGCGGGCAGCAUCAGCACCUUGGACUCCUUGGACUUUGCACGAUACUCAGACGAUGGCAACCGUGAGUCGGACGAGCGAGUCGCAGUGCUGGAGUUUGAGCUACGGAAAGCAAAGGAGACCAUUCAGGCUCUGCGCGCCAACUUGACUCAGGCAGCAGAGAGCGACGGGCCCUCUCAGGAGAGAAAAAACUUCAAGUCAAGUCCUGAAAUUCAGGAGCCUAUACGUCCACUGGAGAAAAGAGCCUUAAACUUCCUUGUGAAUGAAUAUUUAUUAAAAAACGAGUGCAAACUCUCAUCCAUCACCUUCUCGGAUGAAAACGAUGAUCAGGACUUUGAGUUAUGGGAUGAUGUCGGCCUCAACAUCCCCAAACCGCCUGACCUGUUACACCUCUACAGGAACUGUGGCACCCCCCUGUCUUCGCCUCGGAGCAUGGCGGAUGUGUCGGUAGGGGUGGAUUUCGGUGAUCUUCCAGGGAACUGCAUCACCCAAGAUCCCCCAAAGAAGCCUGACCUCUCGCAACAGCAACAGAAUGAAGUCGUGCAAGAGCUGGAGUACCAGAUCAGCCUCCUCAACAAUGAGAAACAGAGCCUGGCUGAGCAAAUAAAGAAACUGCAGAGUGAGAUUCAGACCCUGAAGAGGACUGUCUCCUCCCCACCUCCUACCACACUGGACCUGAGCUCCCAGAAUACAUCUAACCCCUGCUCCUCCUCCACCACUGACCCUCUUUCUGUGCCUCCUACAGACAACGGCAAGUAUCUCGACAUUCGAGGGGUCACAGAGCCAGAAAGUGCCCCGGACCCCGCCUCCACACAGAAGACAUCACAGUCCCACAACGAGCUUAAGAGUAGGCCUGCUGUCCAGUUUGAUAAACCGAACAGGAAGUUAUCCCCAGCCUUCCAGCAAGCCCUGCUGUCCUUCUGCAGAAUGUGCUCUGACAGCCGCCUGGGAGCAGAGGUGUCCCGAAUAGCAGACAGCGAGGAAAGUGUGAUGUUAAUGCUGGGCCGCUGUCUCCCUCACAUCGUCCCCAACGUCCUUCUUGCUAAACGAGAGAGAAUGGUUGCACAUCUAUGCCAGGAGUUGAUUCCACUCAUCCUGUGCACUGCCUGCCUUCACCCAGAGCCUAAAGAGAGAGACCAGCUCCUCCACAUCCUCUUCAACCUCAUCAAAAGACCAGAUGAUGAGCAGAGACAAAUGAUCUUGACGGGGUGUGUCGCGUUUGCGAGGCACGUGGGUCCCACUCGUGUCGAGGCCGAGCUACUUCCUCAGUGCUGGGAACAGAUUAACCACAAAUAUCCAGAGAGGAGAUUGUUGGUGGCGGAGUCCUGUGGAGCCUUAGCACCAUACCUGCCUAAGGAGAUCCGUAGCUCCCUGGUGUUGUCCAUUUUGCAGCAGAUGCUCACUGAGGAUAAGGCUGACAUGGUCAGAGAAGCUGUGGUCAAGAGUCUGGGUAUUAUCAUGGGUUACAUAGAUGACGCUGACAAGUAUUCCCAGGGGUUUGAGUUGAUGCUGCUGUCCCUUGGGGACCCGUCGGAGCGGGUGGUCAGUGCAGUCCACCAGGUCUUUAUUCCCGCCUUUGCUGCCUGGACUACGGAGCUGGGCACCCUGCAAACUGCACUCAUCCCUUCUCUGUUGGCACGUAUAGAGAAACUACUUAUGCAAGGAGAACACGGUCUGGAUGAACACAAGUUACACGUGUUCCUGUCGGCCCUGCAGUCUCUCAUCCCUCCUCUGUUUGCUGUGGUGCUGCAGAACGCACCCUUCACCAGCAGAGCCAAACUCCACGGAGACAUACCUGCAAUAGAGGUGACACGGUUCCCCAGGCCAGCUUCUCCCCUCCAGGAUGUAGCCACAAUCAUAGGCAGCAGGGAGACGCUGAGUGCCCUCCUGCUUCUCUAUGACCACCAGCUGGAGCACGAAGGAACCACUGGCUGGGAAAGCCUGUUAUGGGUGGUCAAUCAACUCCUUCCUCUGCUCAUAGACAUUGUGGGUCGGAUCAAUGUGUCAUCGUCGACUUGCGUCCACGAGUUCUCUCGCUUCUUCUGGAGGUUGUGUCGCACCUUUGGCAAGAUCUUCACUAACACUAAGGUUAAACCACAGUUCCAGGAGAUUCUGCGACUAUCUGAAGAGAACGUCGAUGCUUCAGUAGGGAACGGUAUUCUUACCAAAGCCACAGUUCCCAUCUACGCCACCGGAGUGCUGACAUGCUACAACCAGGAGGAGGAUCGCAAGUUGUUGGUGGGUUUCCUUGAGGAUGUUAUGACAACCCUGUCACUCUCCCAUGCGCCGCUCGACAGCCUGAAGGCCUCCUUUGUAGAGCUGGGUGCCAACCCAGUGUACCAUGAAUUGCUGCUGACUGUUCUGUGGUAUGGGGUGGUCCAUACUUCUGCACUGGUGCGGUGUACGGCAGCACGGAUGUUUGAGUUGGUUCUCCGAGGCAUGAGUGAAGCAUUAGUAGAUCGCCGGGCGGCUCCCGCCCUAAUAACUCUGUGCAGUGGGCCCGAAUUCUCAGUGAGGAUAUCCACUAUUCCUGCCUUCGGUACCAUCAUGGAGACCGUCACACAAAAAGAGCUGCUGGAGCGUGUAAAAAUGCAGUUGGCCUCGUUCCUCGAGGACCCGCAGUACCAAGACCAACACUCUCUGCACAUGGAAAUCAUCAGGACGUUUGGAAGAGUUGGACCAAAUGCAGAGCCGCGCUUCAGAGAUGACUUCGUGCUGCCACAUCUUCACAAGCUGGCGCUGGGGAACAACAGCCAGUCAGUGGAGAGCAAGAGAAUUGACAUCGCCACGCAGCUGUUUGAGGCCUACAGUGCCCUCUCCUGCUGCUUCAUUUCGGAGGACGUCAUGAUCAACCACUUCCUGCCUGGCCUCCGGUGUCUCCGCACCGACAUGGAGCAGCUCUCUCCCGAGCACGAGGUGAUUUUGAGCUCUAUGGUGAAAGAAUGUGAAAUCAAGGUGGAAAACCGAGGGAUGGCGGACGCACAAGGUUCCAUGUCCAUCGCCUCCAGUUUGGUGGGUGAGGACGCCAAGACCAAGUUCCUCAGCAAGAUGGGUCAGCUCACCACCUCUGGCGCCAUGCUGGCAAACGUCUUCCAGAGAAAGAAGUGAUCGUAAAGCGGACUGACCGACCACCGACCGCACUUUCUGUAUCCGACCAACCCCCUGCCGUCUUCGGGAGCAUUUCAUUUUACCGGACGAAGCACUGGUUCCGCUUACAGAGCUCGAAGAUCGAGUUUAUUUAUUCAGUUUGGAGAAACUAAGGUGUGUUGGUUUGAAAAUCGUCGGUGCCGUAGCAGAACCUGCUAUUUAAAGGUUAACGGCAGAAUGUUGGUUUUUUUUUUGCAGUGAAAGGCAAAGUUCCCCCUCUGCUCAUUUAUUCUGUCCUUAAUUCCUAAUCCCGACGGAGGCAUUGUCACAGACUAGAAAUGUGCUUUUUUCCAAUAAGUGUUGUCGACAUUGACAUUUCAGAAAAGAGAGAUGAGACGGGGGGAAGGAACUGAAUAUGAUGUUUCACCCAAAAUGAAAACAUGGGACUUGUUUCUUGGACGUGAAAGUAUCACCGAAUCAAAUUUCACGUUCACUCCAGCGCUUCUUGUUUGCCUCGACUUUUUUUUGGCAAAACACGACAGCGAGGCCUGCUUGACUUCAUUUAGACUCUUUCAAAAAACGCCAUCCCAGAGGAAAAUGCUCGACAGUCGCAUUAACUUGCAUCCGUGAGGGAAAAUUACACUGGAGGAUUGAACCACAAAAUGGCUCUCGGUCUGCUAAGAAUGCCUCGUACAGUGUUUCUGUACGGCUCAGAAGUAACGCCUACUUGAAGCUAUAAAAAAAAAAGUCUUGCCUUGAUUUCUUCAAAGUCUGUCUGGGUUUUUUUUGUUGUUAUUUGUUUGUUUUGAUAGCUUCUAUUUUAUAACUUAUUUAUGUCUUAAUUAAUGAAGGAAAAAUCCAUACUUUAUUCCAACUUCCAAAGAAAUUUGCACUUCUCUUUUGUUCUUUAUUAUAUAAAUAUACAUAUAUAUAUAUAUAUAUAUAUAUUUGUUUUAAUUCAGAGGCUGAUACAUGAUGAACAAUAUCACUACUGUCAAUGGACUUUUUUUUUUUCUGGUUUAUCUGUUUUGGCGUCGUGAAGUUAAAAAAGAACACUGAUCAUAAUUCUUCUCUGUCUGUAGCAUUGCGUCUCUCUGUGUUGCGGUCUCUCUCUGAUAAUUCUACCUUUUUGUAUUUUUGUUCUUUCAUAUCUUUUUUUUCCGUUGUUCUUUUUUUGGGGGAUAUGCUCUAAGAAAAGCGGUAAAUAACUGUAUGAUACACUGACCCGGAGAGGACGGUACUCUUUAUGUAUAUUUGAAAAUUGGUGUCAUGGUGUAAUAAAAGAUGGAGAUGAGUUGUGUACUCAAAUGUAAA